UACGGGGUCACGAGGUCAGAGGGUCGGGUGGCUCUUCUGUGCGCAUUGGUUUUGCGACCUUUCUCGCGGGGGUUGCGGAACUUUUGUCGCGCGCCUCGGGUGGGCGCGCAGCUAUGGCUCGGAAGUGGAAUCUGCGCGUUGUUCUGCUGCUGCUUCUGCUGAGUCCGGCGCGGGCGCUCGCCUCGGGCCCUUUGCCGCUGGUCCUCAACACUUGGCCUUUUAAGAAUGCCACCCAAGCAGCAUGGCAGGCAUUAGCAUGUGGAGAUUCUGCCCUGGAUGCAGUUGAGAAAGGCUGUGCUGUGUGUGAGAGAGAGCAGUGUGAUGGCACUGUAGGCUUUGGAGGAAGUCCUGAUGAACUUGGGGAAACCACACUGGAUGCCAUGAUCAUGGAUGGCACUACUAUGAAUGUGGGAGCAGUGGGAGGCCUUCGAAGAAUUAAAAAUGCGAUUGGUGUGGCUCGGAAAGUACUAGAAUAUACAACACACACACUUUUAGUAGGAGAGUCAGCCACCAAGUUUGCUGAAAGUAUGGGAUUUCCCAGUGAGGACUUAUCUACCAACAGCUCUCAAACUCUUCAUUCAGAUUGGCUUGCUCGGAAUUGCCAGCCAAAUUAUUGGAGAAAUGUUAUACCAGAUCCUUCAAAAUACUGUGGACCCUACAAGCCACCUGGUAUCUUAAAACAGGAUGAUCCUGUCUGCAUAGAAACAAAUGUUCAUGGUCAUGAUACGAUUGGCAUGGUUGUAAUCCAUAAGACAGGACGUAUUGCUGCUGGUACCUCUACAAAUGGUUUAAAAUUCAAAAUACCUGGUCGUGUGGGAGAUUCGCCUGUGCCUGGAGCUGGGGCCUAUGCUGAUGACACGGCAGGGGCAGCUGCGGCCACUGGGGAUGGUGACAUACUGAUGCGCUUCCUGCCAAGUUACCAAGCUGUAGAAUAUAUGAGAAGAGGAGAAGACCCAGGCACAGCUUGCCAAAAGGUGAUUUCAAGAAUUCAGAAGUAUUUUCCAAAAUUCUUUGGGGCUGUUAUAUGUGCCAAUGUGACUGGAAGUUAUGGUGCUGCUUGCAAUAAACUUCCAACAUUUCCUCAGUUUAGUUUCAUGGUUUAUAAUUCUCUAAGAACUCAUCCAGUGGAGGAAAAAGUCAACUGCACCUAAUCUGUCUUGUCUGUCAGCAUCUGAAUUUAAGAAGGCUGGAAAGGUUACCACUGACAUCAUAGGAUGGUCCUCAGUUGCUGGAAAUUAUUGUGUAAAAUAAGUACAAAAAUAAAUUAUGCUUAAGUGACA